AUCUUAGAUAAUUUGAAAAAUAUUUCGUGUUUUCCAACUAAGAAAAUAUAACUAAAUAUCUAUUUCAAAUAUUGUUUCUUUGAAUUCCCAAUUCUAUGUCAUUCUAAUAUACCUAGUUCAAAAACGGAUGACACUUUAUUUACUGUGAUGAGUUUCCUGUACAGAUUUAGCGUGCCAUUGAUCAUAAUUAUAGCUGUAAUAAGUUAUUUAGAGUGUUCAAACAAUGUGUUCCAAAAAAUGGACAAGAAAUACUACUUGGUGUCCGAAGCCUACAAUAUGGCGAAGAAUCUCUUCAACCAGGGUCGUGCCAACUACAUCAGUUUGAAGAGCAAGUCCUUAAGAACUAUCGACACGUUCCUCGACUUGGUCUACAUCAUGAACGAUGAGAUGUCCAAGGAACUGAGGAGUGCGGUCCUCAAGUUCUACAAAGUGAAAUACUUGCAUGAUUUCACCAAUUACAUUAUUAGUAUGGAAGAGAUGAUAGAAGUAAUAGAGCACUGCCUAAUAGACCCGAUGGAGAAGUUGGACCAGAUCAGGACGCAGUUCCAAGACGUCAUUAAGAACUUCCAGGAUGUGAGGAACUUCGACUCUGUGAACAAGUGCCACAAGGAACUGCCGGAUGAGGUCGCUGCUGCACACUGUUUGCUGCAUCAGGCCGUACUCUUUAACGAAACGAUGCAAGAAAGUUUAGUAACGAUAGUAGAAAUAAAGACGAGACAACAUGCCCAAGACAUGAACACUUCUUUGUACAACGUCCAAACCUGCAUCAACAACUUUGUACCGAAGUUUUUCGAGCAACUUAUGCUCGAUGCUUACACGGAAAGAUGCGGCUACCUCCGCGUAGUCAACGCUUCCAUAGCAGAUCUAAUAAGAGACAAGUGGAGAGGCAACGAAACCGUAUUCCCGGAGAAAUGGAGCCCCUUGGUGCGGUUAUUGAAAGAGAAAACAAAGCAACCCGUCAGUGCUUUAGAAGAACCGUUACAUUUGACUCUUUUUGCAGCGAAUCUAUCAUCUCAAGAUAUUGUCAGAACUUUAUAUAAGUAAACAAUAAAAGAUGUAAAUGCAAUGAUUGUUAAUACUUUACCAAAGCCAUACUGAUAUCUUAUUUCAUACAAAAAUAAU